GGAGGUCUCAAGUCGGUCCAUUUUGGAAAGGUAACAUACGACGUACCGCUUCCGAAAAGCCCGCUGCCCGGACCAGAAAAAAACAUGCCCCUGUUGAAGCACCUCCUUGUCAUUUAUUUUGUCUCUAAAUCAUGAUUCUUUGCCAUACCUUAUCUAUCGUGCACCAAUAUCAACUCAUUACGCAGUAGCCAAUGACCAAAGUUCUUAACAAGGCUACUUUUCGACCCAAGGCUCAUCAAUCUUCAGCCAUCUUCAGGACCUUUCUUUAUCAAUAAACCAGACGAAGUUCGAUCGAUUCGCCAAACGACGCGCCGACGUGACUGGUAGAGUUUGGAUGUCCCGGCUCAGGGCCUCUUGUAUACACAGCAGACGGAGUGGCGAAAGGUGACUGGUAUGCAGGCAGCAAGGCUUAAGGCUGAAUCGCAGGGCCGGAAAGCUAAGCUUGCCAAUUCAUAUCAUGAGUUAUUGGAAGAGUUCUCGUCGAAAGAACUCCGCUCAGUAGGCAAUUACACAUUAGGGAGGUUAAUUGGAAAGGGCUCUUUUGGGAAGGUUUAUUUGGCUUCGCACAAACUCUUACAUGGCUCUAAAGUUGUACUCAAGUCGGCCAACAAGGAUGAUUCGAAUCUGGCUCGAGAAAUACAUCACCACCGGCAAUUUUUACAUCCUCACAUCGCUCGCCUUUACGAAGUAAUUGUCACCGAAAACCUGGUAUGGCUUGUGCUAGAGUAUUGCCCUGGCGACGAGUUAUACAACUAUCUUCUUAAGCAUGGUCCCUUACCGGUGGAAAAGGUCCAAAAGAUCUUUACUCAAUUGGUUGGCGCUGUUUCAUUCGUUCACAAUUCGUCCUGCGUUCACCGAGAUUUAAAACUGGAAAACAUCCUCUUAGAUAAACACGAGAAUGUUAAACUUGUAGAUUUUGGGUUUACUCGCGAGUAUGAAGGAAAGGCGAGUUAUUUGCAGACUUUCUGCGGUACAAUAUGUUACAGUGCUCCAGAAAUGCUGAAGGGGGAAAAGUAUGCCGGGGAAAAGGUUGAUGUUUGGAGUCUAGGUGUUAUCCUGUACGCUUUACUAUGCGGCGAGCUACCAUUCGACGAUGAUGACGAUAACAUCACAAGGACUAGGAUCUUGACCACGGAACCAAAAUGGCCGGAUCACCUUACAACUGACGCAAGAACUUUAUUGGGUAUUCUAUUAUCAAAGAGACCUUUAAUACGUCCUGCUUUAUCCGAUAUUCUGACGCAUCCAUUUCUUGCCGAACAUGCACCACAACAGCAAGCUAUUCUAAAAUUACAGAGAGCGGCACCUUUCACCACUGCGUUAGAAAAGGAGACCUUGGAGCGGAUGCGAAGUGCUGGUGUAGAUAUCGACCAGGUCAUUGAAAAUGUACUAGCUCAGCGAUGUGAUGCUUUGGCCGGUUGGUGGGCCCUUCUACUCGAAAAGGAAGAAAGGAAGCAGGUUCGAAAAGAACGGAAACGCAAGGAACGAGAGGCAGAGAACCGAUCCUCACGAAGACUAAGUGCUGCGAGUAGCCGUUUGGAAAAAAUGACGCCAAUUUUGACUGGAGUCGAUGAAGAAGGGCAGCCUUUGAAGAUUAGCGAUCCUCCUAGGAGCAGAGGAAGGAAGGAGAGGCGAAGCGCUCAUUACCCGGACCUUAUACUGACAGAUUUACCUGGAUUGCCCGAACACGGACAAUUCUCCUCGCCUGAAGUUCACACCCCUCCUCCGCCACUUGAAAAGGAUUCCACUCGCUCCGCAAGCUCAUCCCGACAUCGACGGCCUAUCCCUCCUCCUAAAGAAGGCACUUUGCGGAGUGCCCGGUCACGAGGAAGCACACUGCAGCUAGUUACUUCUAAUCAUGAUUUCUUACACCCCAGUACUAAUGGCAUUGCCAAACCUCCCCAACAGCGUCGGAAGCAUCAGCAUGCUAUCAUAAACCAACUAGCCCAUUGGAAACAUUGGAUUCUAGACUCUGCUAGACGUGCCAGGUCACCUGGGAAAAAAACAAAAGCUAGUCGCUCAACACCAGAUCUCCGCGAAAAGGCUGCUGACGGCUCGAGUAGUCCGAAGGACCCUAGUCCGCGACCAGUUACUUCAAAGUCUCCUACGAUGACACGUGCUCCGAUGCCACAACUAGGCGGCCCUCCUAUUUCACGAAUUCAAGGAACUUCAAGUACCAAGCGACACUCGUUAUCUCCAUCACCGGUAACCCCUCGCUCAACUUUUCAACGUCGACCAAGUAGUGGCUUGAGGGGACGGAAAUCCACAUCGUCUUCUGUUUCUUCCGUUCGCAGCAUAAUGCAUCAACAUACUCAUUCGAAAGCUUCAUCAACCUCAUCCAAUGGAUCUGGCUCAAAGAUAUCAUUGCCUACUCGCAGCCCUCACCACUCCGUCAAAGUCCUACCUGCAACCCCUACCCUUGGGUCAUUCCCUUCUAACAUCCGCGUCGUUCGACAAACUCCGCUUUCAAGUUUUAAUGAAGGAGUCUCAUGGGGUGGUAGCAAUAGUGCGUUUGGUGCACCCCUUGUAUUCGCAAAACGAAAAAAGAAUUUAUUCAAAGGACCCUCGCUCAAUACUACCUCGCCUAUCUCAUCCGGUAGUGGAAACGGCCAUGGUCACACAAGAACAGGUUCACAUAGUAGAAGCACCAGUAUAGCAGGCAGAAGAAGUGGCGAAAUCAUUCAAGAAGAAGACGAGGAAGAAAUUGAAGAAGUCGAUGUAUUUACCCCCGUCACUGGACCGGGUGAAACAGAAGAAAUGGUUUUCACCCCAAGUGAUAUGUUGAGAAGGGAUGAUACGAUUGAGGAGUCGGACAGAGAGAAAACACCUACUAAUGGAGCUGUAUAGAGGAUACUCGAAGUGAGAAUGUUUUUGAUUAAAUGAAGGGGUUCAUGAGGUCUUUGGGGGAGUGGAUGGGUUGGUGCGGUGUGUUGCGAUGUAGUGCGCAUGUACAUAGCGUACAUAUUCUCUUGUACAAUUUGUUUUUCAACUUAAUCUCCCUUGCGAAUCGCACAUCGUACAUCAGUAAUCGUCGAUGGCGAGGAACA